UUCUGUCGGCGCACUCAGUGACGUUGGACGCGGCCACGUCACCCACCGACCUCAGACGGACCGGCACUACACGGAGCGCGGAGAUCAAACACAGGACAUCAAACGGGGACGUCUGAACACGCACGCGCCCAUUCCAGCCAUUCCCGUUUAGUGACGCGUCAUUCAGAACCCAAAAGCUGCACGAGCGGUGGGAAUUAGGAGGAAGAAAAGAAGAAAGCUGCUGGGAUCGACACGGAGGAGCGGAGUGGGGGAAAAGGGCACGAACUGCAGAGAAGACCACAGCGAGGAGAGCUGCAGGAGCCCUGAGAAAUCCGAGGAAACCCGCACAGGAGCUAAACCAGCUAGAAGCCUCGGACGCCCGCGCGAGAGUCUAAGCAGAGCGAAGCUAGCGCCCGACACUUUUCCUCCAGGAGCAGAAAACAGCCAAGCCAAAGCCACGAUGAAUGUGUUUCGUCUGGCUGGUGACGUGUCGCAUCUUGUGGCGAUUAUUGUCCUCUUCCUGAAGAUAUGGAGGUCCAGAUCAUGCGCAGGUAUUUCAGGAAAGUCACAGGUGCUGUUCGCUCUGGUUUUCACCACCAGGUAUCUGGACCUGUUCACCAGCUUCAUCUCCAUCUACAACACCGUAAUGAAGGUGGUUUUUCUGGUUUUGGCCUAUGCUACAGUUUACCUUAUCUACAUGCGCUUCAGGAACUCAUAUGAUUCAGAGAAUGACUCCUUUAGAGUCGAGUUCCUUCUGGUUCCGGUAGCCGGUCUGUCCUUCCUGGAGAAUUACGCCUUCACUCCUCUAGAGAUUCUCUGGACGUUCUCUAUCUACCUGGAGUCAGUGGCCAUCUUGCCUCAAUUGUUUAUGAUCACCAAGACGGGGGAGGCGGAGUCUAUCACCACACACUACCUGUUCUUCCUAGGGCUUUACCGUGCCCUCUACCUGGCCAACUGGGUAUGGCGCUACCACACUGAGGGCUUCUUUGACCAGAUUGCCGUUGUCUCCGGAGUGGUUCAGACCAUCUUCUAUUGUGACUUCUUCUACCUGUACUUCACUAGAGUUCUCAGAGGAAGUGGAAAGAUGUCUCUGCCGAUGCCGGUUUAAAAAACACCCCUGGCUUUGCCUCCUCCUCCUUUCCAAACCGCUCCCCAUUUCCUUAAUAACACCCACCUACAGUCUACAGUAGCUACAUCUAUCACAGAUCCUUUUAAAAAAGAAAUCCCACACCUGCCAUAGUAAAAAGAAUAGCCUGACCAAGCACGCUAAUGUGGCUAACUAUUAAUAGAAGCUAGCAGCCACCAGUUAGCACCGUGCCAUUUUCAUGGCUAUUAGCCUCAUUAGCAUUUUGGAUCUAACUAUUCCUUCAAUGAUAAAUCUGCAGACUGCAGGAGAACGUGCCUUACUGUACAGCGGUCAAAAUCGAAUAUUUUUAUAAAUGCCUUAUUACUCCUCAGUUAGAAAGCACAAAAUAUACUGUCUUCCUUUCUGUUCAUUUGAAUGUUUUUUCCAUGUAUGUGCGUGGAUACGUUUUUAAGGCCUUUGUGUGUGUGUGUGUGUGUGUGUGUGUGUGUGUGUGUGUGUGUUAAAUGCAUUUAACGGGACAUUUUUGAACAGGUGCUUUCUGAGCAGCCUAACAAUCUAGAAUUUUCCUCCAUUUCAUUUGCUCCAUUUUAUUUCUGCUUCUGUAAGAAUUCCUGUGACCCGUGUUGGUCUGAACAGUGAAUAGCAAGCUCCUGUGCUCCCAGUGCCGAACAUUUUGGUGAUUUCUAUUGCUUUUCUGCUUCAACACCCACAUUUUACCCAUUUUCUGUGUACUGUUUUACAUUUGUUACACUGUUUAAGUGUAAUCACAUAAAUAAUUAGAUUUUCUGAAAGAAAAAAAAUCAAACAUUUUAUCAAACGUUUUACAGUGUAUAUUUUGGGAGAGCUAAGGGAUUAAAGUACUCAAGCAUUUUUAAAUCUGUAUCUAAUAUCUAAUCUGUAUCUUUUUAAUCUCUAUCUGCCCAUUGGCAGGUAAACUUCUUGAAAUGUUUGUUUGUGGUAAUUGACUGUAUGCAACAGAUGCAGUUGAUACAGAUGAGGUUAAUAGAUGCUGUAUGUGAGUAUUACUUUAGUAAGAUGAUGGUUAAAGCCAGCAUACUGGAGCAGAUGAAACAAUGUGCAGAGCAGAGAUAAAAAGCAGACUGAUUAAGUAGUUUUGUUGAGAUUGCACAUGUGUGUAUUGUAGUCAGACAUUUCAUAUUUCUUGUACUAUUUCAUGUAGUGCUGGUGCUGAAGACCUGCUGCGGCUUCAGUAUUCUGCAUGUAUUAAACAUUUCAGAUUACAAUAGACACCAAAAACACCUCUAAACAGAACCUGGCAAUACUUUACACAUCAGAAAGGAUUUUUAAACAGUCCAUUUUCAUUGGUAAUAAAUAAAGGGCAGCUUACUUAGACUAGUUUUGGACAAUAUUGCAAUGCCAGUGGUAUUUACCAUUAACAAUCUUAUUUAGUCUAGGCUUAGGCUUAACCUUGCGCUGAUAGACCAGUCAUAAACACUUCAGUUUUCUGAGUUGCCGAUUUAUGUUGAGAGUGUUUUGUAAAGUGAUUUUGUCAAUAAAGGACAAAUUUAUAUCUUA